UAUCCAGCAGCUUCAGCUGAUGUCCUGCAGCGUUUCAGAUGGAAAUGAGCUGAUUUCUUAUUCACAACGGAAGAGAACUAUAUUUUUCAUGUGCAGCCAACGAACUAAAGCCUGUCUCUUGACAUCAGCCAGCGCUUCAUCACACUGUUUACCAUUAGAGCCUAAAAUUUGCUUAAUUAUCAGCAUUUAAGCAUAGGGUUAUUAAAAAUGCCUCGUAUAUAUUUGUUUCUUUAAGCUUAAAUGUCUUUUUUUUUUAGAAUUCAUUCAAUAGUUUUGAAUGGGAUAAUUUCAGAUCAAUAUAAAAAUUACCCGUAUUUGUGUAAUGUUUGCGGGUUGCCAGAUACAGAUAUAUCCUGUAAUUAUGAGGCAUGUUUAGGGUAAACCCGCAACAUCUUGAGCGCUUCGUUUUCUCUAUCAAGAGCGCUCACUUUAAACAAUAAAAAUAUUUUUAAAUAAAAAUAAAUACAUUUUUGGCCUUCUUUCUUGUUUUUUUUUCCCGAAAAUUUGCAUUUAUAGCCUAUAUAAGACAAAACGUGUAAUGAUUGCUAAUAGAUUUUAUUUUAAUUAAUCAAAUCAGUUAAAUAAUAAUAAAAAAAAAAUAGUCUUAAAAUAUUGAGUUAUUGAUUACAUAGCCACCCUUAAAUCCUAUUACUGAAUGUUUUUGGUGUUUUGGGUCAACUUUAUAUUUAAAAAAAAGAGUAAUUUGUGUGCGUAAAAAUGCAGCUGCGCCAUCCAACCUCAUUUCAUAUUUCCAGUGGCAAACAGAGGACAAUAAUGUCAGCAAUAAUCGUUUACAGGUUAUUUAUUUGUUCCGUGGCGGCCGCUAAAUGUCAGAGACAUCAAGCAGCUGCAGAGCUUCGGUAAGUUUGUAUCACCACCGAUCCAAAGUGCGUCCAGCCUUCUCACGCACAUGAAAGUCUUACCUCGCCCUCCCCCUUCUUUUUACUAUAAGGCAGGCCAGCGAGCCGCGCAAACUUUCACUAUUACCCACAGCUCUGCAAAGACACCUCGCUCGUGCGUUCCUGCUGCGCUCUGGUUCUGCCAGCUUCUCUCUGGAGCCUUGGAGUAAACAAAAGGUCAUUGCAGCCAGACUUUACAGCUCAAAAGUGGAGAGAGGAGAAGAAAAGGACGAGAUCUUCCCGGUCUCGAGUGGGCUAUUUGAGGGAGCGACAACCUACUCUGCGUAUCUCCAUUUCUGUUGCGCAGAUCGUUGCAUCCAAAAGGAGAAAAAUAUUUUUUUUCUCUUUGUUUUUUUGUUGUUGUUGUUGUUUUUUUAAGAAAAAAAGUGGCUGUCGAUUGAAUUUACGCAUGGUACGGACGGUGAAAGACCCGACGCCGUGCGCCGACUCCUCUCCUGAUUCCAGGCACCGGGUUUGGACACAUCAGCUGUGAGGUUCCAGGGGUUCAUGUACUGGAAAAAUGAAGUUUUGUCCCCUCUUUCAGAGGGAAACAAGAUUAUAUCUGAAGGAAUCCCCACCAAGCAGUCUCACUCGGACGGAGAAUCCCAGCGGUCCAACAUGGAGCGGGAGGAGACCCGCUCGUCUCCCAGCACUCCGUCCACCCCCUCCGUGUGCUCGCCAACCUCCACCGCCAGCUCGGUGCCGUCAACCGGGAAGAACCUGUGCGCCAGCUGCGGUCUGGAGAUCCUCGACAGAUACUUGCUCAAGGUGAACAACCUUAUUUGGCACGUGCGCUGUCUGGAGUGUUCCGUGUGCAGAACGUCAUUACGUCAGCACAGCAGCUGCUACAUCAAAAACAAGGAGAUCUUCUGUAAAAUGGAUUAUUUCAGUAGGUUUGGUACUAAGUGUGCCCGAUGUGGGAGGCAGAUCUAUGCCAGUGACUGGGUGCGACGUGCGAGGGGGAAUGCAUACCACUUGGCCUGUUUUGCGUGCUACUCCUGCAAGAGGCAGCUGUCCACGGGAGAGGAAUUCGGCCUGGUGGAGGAGAAGGUCUUAUGUCGGAUCCACUACGACACCAUGGUGGAGAACCUUAAACGAGCAGCUGAGAGCGGAAACGGCAUCACGUUGGAGGGAGCCGUUCCGACAGAACAAGACAGUCAGCCCAAACCGGCCAAAAGAGCUCGGACCUCCUUCACCGCCGAGCAGCUCCAGGUGAAACUAUCGGCCUCUUCAUUCCAAAAGCGUUCUUGCUUUCUGGCUGCGUUGCGGCAGGUUUUUGACCGGAUGUUUCCUCAAAUUCAGAUCAUGCAAGCCCAGUUUGCUCAGGAUAAUAACCCAGAUGCCCAAACCCUCCAGAAGCUGGCAGACAUGACGGGCCUCAGCAGGAGAGUCAUACAGGUGUGGUUUCAAAACUGCAGAGCAAGACAUAAAAAGCACACACCCCAGCACAGUGGGGCUCCACAGGGUCAUCCGCAGUCCAGGAUACCCUCGUCGCUGCCCGACGAGCUGCAUUACUCCCCCUUUGGCAGUCCUGAGCGAGCGCGCAUGGUGGCCCUUCACGGCUACAUUGACAGUGAGUUAACAUUUAAGUACUAUUUCUACAUUUUUUUUGCUUUUAAAAAAGCUCACAAAUGUUUUUUUGUUUUUUUACUAGGUCACCCCUUCUCCGUCCUGACCUCUCAGACGCUCCCUCACCAGGCCAUGGCGCUCCCUCAGCUCCCACUCAGUCGCUAGCUCGCCCCCGUGACCUCUGACUUCUGGACUCGUACCCCUGAUCUCCUAUCAGCGCCGUGAACUCACUCAAAGAUUGCGCUGGAGUCGAAAGCCGCCAGGAGCCCUGUCAGCGUGUAAACAAGGAAAUGAACUUGAGAGACAAACCUCAACAUGUUCUCAUUUUUAUAUGGACACAGAUCCUGUCUGCAGCCCUGCGAAAGCGAUAUAAAGACGUUGAUCAGAUGCAGGAUCUCACUCACUGCAUUUUCCUCCACCUGAGAGACCGAUUCUGCUUUACAUGUACAGUAUUUCCAUUUCAUUCAUCCUGCUUCUCAGCGGAAGAUAAAAGGACGUUUUAAAGGGAUGAAACUGAUAAAGGAAAUUGGACUGAAGCCCCCUGAGUGCUGUCUGAAAGCUGUUCAUACAUUUACAGUAAAGGGGAUGUGGCGUUGUGCCGGAGGGACUGGGCACACAGAGUGUAGACCGCGGGAGGUAAGACCCCUCUGUUUUCUCGCUCAGCAACCGUGAAGGAAACCCAGAUUUUAACAGAAAGUUGUUUACUUUUUAAAUGACCAUUAAAGUAAUGACAUUAAAAAAAAAAAAAAAAAGAGAGAGAAAGAAAUUUCCAUCAUUUCUUUUUCAUUGGGAUGAUUUUCUACUAAUUGAGGUAAAAAUGUGCCUUAUCUAAAAUUUCUGUUGAUUCCUAAAAUGCAUUUUUUGUAGACAAAUGAUGAAGGUAUUAGUAACACUUUUAGUAGAAAACUUAAAGAAAAAAAAUAUUUUGUUUAGCAGAAUUGAUAAAGCAUAAGAUUGGGACUUGUGUAUAAUUAAAGCAAACCUGAGUUGACCAUUUACUGUAAGUAAUCCAUUUCUCCUAAACUGAAUUUGUUACACAAGAACCCCAAAAGUUCAAUGUCACUAGUUUAUAAUUUAUGAUGUUUUGCUUCAUUGUUUCCACACAAUGAGGGACUGAGUAUUGGUACAAUAUGGACAGUAGAAAACUGAUUAAGUUUGUACAUAGUAAGCUGAGUGGUGAAGAUGUGUGUGUGUGUGUGUGUGUAAGCGUGCAUGUUUCUGUGUGCACUGACAAGUGUGCGUCUGUGUUUUUGUGCCAUGGCCAUUGUGUGAAGAACAGGAUCCACCAAAACCUCAAAUCCCUUGUAUUUAUUGAGUUGGUAAAUCCCUGUAAAGCACUUUCCCCCUCUCUAAGAUGAGUUUUUUUUGACAAAA